AUGGGUUUCCCCUCUUGUGUGAAUAAUGCUGAAGUGGAGGGAAAGAUUUGGUUGUUUUGGGCGGCUAAGGUGGAUUUUCAGUUGUCGGCUUGUUCUGAUCAAGCUAUUUCGGGUUGGUUUGUGUUUGGGUCAAGGCGAAUAUUCUCUUCGUUCGUGUAUGCUAGUUGUUUUCGGGAAAAAAGAUUGGAGUCAGGGAAUUAUCUCAGGUUACAAGAUCCGCAAGGGCAACCUUGGUUCAUUGGGGGUGAUUUUAAUAUUAUUCGCGUUGAUAGCGAAAAAAUUGGGGGCCUUUUUAAGGCACCUUGGGCUAAAGCCCCCUUUAAUGAUUGGAUUAAUGGUUGUGCUUUAAUAGAGCCUCCUUCUUGUGGCAAUACACUCUCUUGGUGUAAUGGGCGGAAUGGGGGAAGGCAUAUUUGGGCUCGUUUGGAUCGUAUUUUGGUUAACAUGCAGUUUAUUAAUUUAUUUGAGGGGUUGAAUUUCAGUUAUCUUCCUCGGUCAUCUUCAGAUCAUGCUCCUAUGUUGUUUACUUUGUUUAAGAAGAACAUUUCUAUUGUGAAGCCAUUUAGAUUCUUACGUAUGUGGGGGUCUCAUGAUGGGUUUUUGUCUUUGGUGGAGCAGAGUUGGGGUGAAUAUGUGGAGGGUUGUGCUAUGGUGAGGGUGGAAGAAGAGAUGCUACAAGCUAAAAAGGCUCAUUUACAAUGGGUGAAUCGGGAGGAGAUGUUAGCUUGUCAAAAAUCUCGCAUUAAGUGGUUGGCUGGGGGGACUCCAAUUCUGAGUUUUUUCAUGCUGCGAUGA